UGGAGCAACCCGAUCGUGAGUUGAUGAGCUCUAGUUUUCACAUAGCCAUGUUCCCAUGGUUUGCAUUGGGACACAUGACUCCAUUCCUCCACCUCUCUAACGAGCUGGCCGCUAGAGGCCAUAAAAUUACUUUCUUGUUGCCCAAGAAAGCUCAAAUUCUGCUUCAACAUCUCAAUCUCCACCCACACCUCGUCACCUUCCAUCCAGUCACCGUCCCUCACAUUGAAGGCCUCCCGGACAAGACUGAGUUUGUCUCCGAAAUCCCGCUAUCUUUGAGCCAUUUUCUCACCCUUGCCAUAGACCGCACCCGUGACCAAAUACAGGAUUUUCUGAAAACAAGUGUUGCUAACUGUAAAGUCGACAUGAUUUUCUUUGACAGUGCCCAUUGGAUACCAGAGAUCGCAAGAGGGCUUGGCAUUAAAUCCAUUUUCUAUGGUGUCAUUUGCGCGGCGGCAUACGCACUUUCUCUAGUUCCGAUAUGUAAUUACGUGACCAAAGAUGCAUGCAUGGCGCCCAUGACAAUGACUGAAGAACAACAACAUAAACCACCUCCUGGGUACCCAUCGUCAACUGUGGUACUGACGCGUAGCCAUGAAGUUCGGUCCUUGAUGACAUCAAGAUCGUGUGGGGUUGGGAUUAGAGUUAAUCAGAGGCUUAUCACAGGAUUCAGAGCCAUCAAAGAAUGUGACGCCUUCUGCCUUCGAACGUGCAGAGAGUUCGAAGGCGACUUUUGUGAUUACUUGGAAGCACAGUUUCAAAAGCCAGUGCUGUUAACUGGACCCGUAUUGAGCCUGGAAAAAGGACCAACGUUAUUAGAAAACAGGUGGGCUGAUUGGUUUGCGGGGUUUGAAGCCGGGACGGUGGUAUUUUGUGCAUUUGGGAGCCAGUGGGCAUUUGAAAAAGACCAAUUCCAAGAGCUUGUAUUAGGGUUUGAGCUAACUGGGUUGCCAUUUUUGGUAGCUGUGAAACCGCCAUUGGGUUGUGUGACAAUUGAAGAGGCAUUGCCCGAGGGGUUUGAAGAAAGGGUUAGAGGGAGAGGGGUGGUGUUUGGGGGCUGGGUGCAACAGCCUUUGAUCUUGAGCCACCCAGCAGUUGGGUGCUUUGUGCACCACUGUGGGUAUGGGACAAUGUGGGAGUCUUUGAUGAGUGAGAAUCAGAUUGUGCUGGUCCCACAAUUGGUGGACCAGAUCUUGGGAGCCAAGUUGCUGGCCAAAGAGCUCAAGGUUGCGGUGGAGGUAGAGAGAGAAGAAGAUGGGUGGUUUUCAAGGGAGAGUUUGAGCAAAGCUGUUAAAAGUGUGAUGGAUAAAGGGAGUGAUGUGGGUGUUAUGGUGAAGAAGAACCAUGCAAAGUGUAGGGAAAUAAUAUCGGAGCCAGGGUUUAUGAGUGGCUACGUUGAUAAGUUUGUUGACAAUCUGAAAGAGCAUAUUUAA